UACAACUAACAUUCUUCCAGCUCUAGGGUUGAGUUACCAUUAUCUUCCUGCUCAGUUGAAACGAUGUUUUACUUAUUGUUCAAUUUUUCCAAAGGAUUAUGAGUUUGAAAAGGAAGAUAUAGUUCAAUUAUGGAUUGCAGAAGGUAUAAUUCCAAAAGCUGAGAAUGGAAAAAGGAUGGAAACAUUGGCUAGAAGAUACUUUGAUGAGCUAUUCUCACGAUCGUUGUUUCAAAAGUCAAGGAAAUUCAGCUUCAUUAUGCAUGAUCUCAUUAAUGAAUUGGCUAUGUUCAUGUCUCGGGGGUUUUGCCUUAGGCUUGAAGGUGGGGUAUCCCGUGAAGUUAAAAGAGCUCGUCAUUUGUCAUAUGCUAGGGGAAAAUUUGAUGCUACUCCAAGAUUUGAACCAUUAUAUGAGGCUAGAUUUUUGCGGACCUUCCUACCUACCUCUUUAAAUCCAUAUAGACAAGAAAGAUUUUUUGUAAGUAAAAAAGUUCUACAAGAUUUGUUGCCAUCACUAAGAUGUUUACGGGUGUUAUCAUUGUCACGUUAUCAAAAUGUCACUGCGUUACCUGAUUCUAUUGCAAACCUCAUUCACUUGCGCUACUUGGAUCUUUCCCAUACUGUAAUUGUAAGGUUGCCUAGGGUACUUUGCAAUCUCUACAACUUGCGGACAUUACUAUUGUCAAAUUGUUCCUCUCUCCUUGAAUUGCCUGCAGACAUCAGAAAAUUGAUUAAUUUGCAAAAAUUGAUGUUGGGAGGUUGUAGAUCUCUUAUUAAAUUGCCUGCAUGCAUGAAGGAGUUGAUUAAUUUGCAUCAUCUUGAUGUCAGUGGAACUAAAAUUGAAGAGAUGCCGGUGCAAAUGGGUAGACUGAAAAGUUUGAGAACAUUGACUGCGUUUGUUGUGGGCAAAUCUACUGGGUCAGGCAUAAGAGAACUGAGGGAGUUCCCGCAACUUCGAGGAAAACUAUCAAUUUUGAAGCUACAAAAUGUAGUUGAUGCGAGGGAUGCACUGCACGCCAAUAUGAAGCACAAGAAAGAUCUCAAGGAGUUAGAGCUUUCAUGGGGUGUGGAGGAUGCUGAUGAUUCCCAAAAGGAGAAAGAUGUACUCGACAAGCUCCAGCCUUGCGUGAAUUUGGAGAAAUUGACCAUCAGAUUCUAUGGUGGAACCAAUUUUCCGAAUUGGUUAGGAGACUCGUCUUUUUGUAACAUACUAGUCAUGCAUCUCAGUGACUGUAGUUAUUGUUGGUCGCUCCCACCAGUUGGGCGGCUACCGGCACUCAAAGAACUCUGUAUAGAAAGAAUGAAGUUUGUGAAGAUGAUUGGCGUCGAAUUCUAUGACAGAAAUGGAGCUUAUCUAACUCAGCCAUUUCAAUCUCUGGAGAAGCUGGAGUUUAGAGAGAUGCUAGAGUGGGAGGAAUGGGUGCCAAGUGGAAGUGCAAGUGGGGGUGAAUAUGGUCCAGACUUUCCUCGUCUCCAGGAGCUGAUUCUAAUUAAGUGUCCGAAGCUGAGAGGAAGUUUGCCUUGUGAGUUGCCUUGCUUGAAGAAGCUUACGGUGUCUGGGUGUGUAGUUUUACAUGAUGGAAGGGCCACUACCACAACUACCAAUAGUCUUAACUAUAAAUCUCUUGAAGAAUUGAAAAUGGAUGGAUGCAAAACAGUUCUGUUAUCAUUAUUAGAGACAAAGCUCCUGUCCCAAUUAGAGAUUCGAAAUGUUGUUGACGUACAGCGCUUGCCCAACUGCAAUCGUCUUCAAACUUUGACUCUUUGGAAUUGUCCAACGUUGUCGUCGUUCCCUAAAGAUGGCCUACCCACUACGUUGUCAUGGCUUUCUAUACACAAUUGUAGGAGAUUAGAAUUCCUACCCCAUGAGAUAUUGGCCAAAUUGACAUCGCUUGACUAUUUGUGGAUACAAAAUAGCUGUGAUUCAAUGAGGUCCUUCCCGUUGGGAAUUUUUCCCAAAUUGAUGUGCCUUUACAUUCAUGAGUGUGAGAAUCUGGAAUCCCUUUCCUUGAUUGAAGAAGAAGGAGCUGUUGAGAAUCUCAGCCAUCUCAAAUACUUGGAAGUCUAUAAAUGUCCAAAAAUGGUGUGUUUUCACGAGGGAGAAAUGCCCACUCCCAACCUGAUUCACUUUCUAGUCGACGAAUGCGAGAAUUUGAAGUCAUUGCCCAAACGCCUUCACACCCUCACAGCCCUUCGAUCUUUGUCGAUAGGGUAUCUUCCGAAUCUGGAGUCACUUGCAGAAGAUGGGGGUUUGCCUCCCAACCUCCGAGAUUUUAGCAUUAAUAAUUGUGAGAGACUGAGGGCUUCAUCAGUGGGAGAGUACUGGGGUUUGCAAGCACUUGUCUCCCUUGAACAAUUUUUUAUCAGUCGAAGUGACCAUGUCUUGGAGACGUUGCUCAAGGAACAGCUGCUCCCUACCACUCUUCACACUCUCCGCAUCGUUUCUCUAUCAACUCUGAAAUCUUUGGACGGAAAGGGUCUUCGACACCUCACUUCUCUUCAAGAGCUAUAUAUUAUGUUCUGUCCCAGUCUCCAAUGCCUGCCAGGAGAGGAACUUCAACGCCUCACUUCUCUUCAACAUCUAUCCAUUAUUGGCUGUCCCAGUCUCCAAUGCCUGCCAGAAGAGGGUUUGCCGCCAUCUCUUUCUCAUCUGUUUAUCCUCUUUUGUCCUGCCCUGGAGAAAAGGUAUAAGAAUAAGACGGGACAAGAUUGGGCCAAGAUAUCUCACAUUCCUUGCAUCGAGAUAGGCUACGAAGUGAUCAUAUAAUAUGAGCUAGUCAGAAGCCUACUUUUGUCACAGUCAGUAGAUGCCAGAAUGAAGUCAUUGCCUAAACACAUUGGCACCCUCACAGCCUUCGACAUUUGGGGAUAUAUGAUCUUCAAAAUCUUGUGAAAUUUGCCUCCCAACCUGCAAUAUAUUCAUAUUUUGAAUUGUGACAGACUGUGCCCUACGGUGGGAGAUUACUGGGGUUUGCAAGUACUUGGUGGCAAUAUCUUGUAGACGUUUCUCAAGGAACAGCUGCUCAAUACCACUCUUUGCACUCUAUAUAUUACGGCCUGUUAGUCUAUAAUUCCUGCCAGGAGAGGAACUUGAACGCCUCUCUUCGCUGCAAAGGCUACAUAUUUGUGGGUGUGACAGUAUCCAAUUCCUGCCAGAAGAGCGUUUGCCGACAUCUCUUUCUUAUCUGUGCAUCGACCAUUAUUUUGCCCUGUAGAAAAGGUAUCUCACAUUCCUUGCAUCAAGAUAGGCGAAGAAGUGAUCAUAAGAUAUGAGCUCUCUCUCCCUCUCGCUCACAUACAAAGACAACAUAUCUUCUCUUGGAGAGCUAUUCAUUUACAAGGUUUCUUUAUGUGUCAUUUCCAGAGUAGGGUUUACUUUUUAAUAUAGCUCUAUGUUUUUCUACGGAACAAUUGUCACAACGUGGAGAAAUAGAAAGGUUCACCUGGAAUAUCUCAACUGACAUAUUCCCAAAUACAGGCAUUGAAUGCACAACAUUUUGAGGUUUUGCUUAUCUUGAACUGCAGAAGCCUACUUUUUGACAUAGGUGGCAUGGCACAAACUCGCAUCCGCAUUUCCUUCCCUGUUGGCAUGCUGUCUCAUCUUUUCUAUUCUGUUACCAGCUUGAAGCUUGUGUAGAUAUGUUAUGCUCUUGUAAUUCUGAUCACAAACAUCGCUUGACAAAUGGAAAGUCACAAUUAGAUCUUUUGGUGAUCUGGAGGAACAGACCAAACAUUUUCAUACGUGGCAUCGCUCAACUCAUCAUCAUUUGGGACAGAAAAUCAGCCUUCAGAUAUCUCAUAAGGAUUUGUAAACAUUUUUCUGUUUGAAAUUUUCUACUGGAGGCUAGAAAUGCUUCUUAUAAGUGGCUGUGUUGCAAUUAUUUUGUAGGAUCAAAGACUCUGCAAAGAGUUUGUCGAUCUUGGGCAAGUGGAGAGAGAGGCGUCAAGUGAUACACAGCAACCAUUUUCUGUGA